AUGGCAACUCCAACCAACCAGCAGACCUUCACUCUAAACAACGGAGUGAAGAUUCCCGCCAUCGGCUUUGGUACCUUCGCAAAUGAAGGCGCCAAGGGUGAGACAUACAAGGCAGUUACUGCUGCAUUAGAAGUCGGUUAUCGACACUUGGACUGCGCCUGGUUCUACAAGAAUGAGGCCGAAGUCGGCGAAGCUCUUCGUGACUUUCUCGCAAAGAACAAGUCCGUGAAGCGUGAAGAUAUCUUCAUCUGCACUAAGGUAUGGCAGCAUCUGCACGAGCCGGAUGAGGUCAAGUGGUCGUUGGAGAACUCACUCCAAAACUUCGGCCUCGACUACGUUGACCUUUUCCUCGUCCAUUGGCCUAUUGCUGCCGAGCGUGAUGACAAGUACAUGCCUAAGAUUGGCGCCGACGGCAAGUACGUCAUCAAGAAGGAGCUCACUGAGAACCCAGAGCCGACAUGGCGCGCCAUGGAGGAGCUGUAUGAAGCCAAAAAGGCACGCGCCAUCUGUGUGUCUAAUUGGACAAUCCCCGGCCUCAAGAAGCUGCUGCAGUUCGCCAAGGUCAAGCCGACAGUCAACCAGAUUGAAGUCCACCCUUUCCUACCCAACCAGGAGCUGGUUGAAUUCUGCCAACAGAACGAUAUUCUACCUGCCGCCUUCUCUCCCUUAGGCUCGCAAGAUCAAGUACCGAACACAGGCGAGAAGGUGCGCACUAACAAGACCUUAAUCGAGGUCGCUGACCGCAGCGGCCAUACGCUGGCCCAGGUUUUGCUCGCGUGGGGUGUGCGCCGCGGCUAUGUUGUGCUUCCCAAGAGCUCGACGCCCUCGCGCAUCGAAAGCAAUUUCCAAGUCCCGCAACUGUCUGAUGCCGACUUCGAGGCUGUCAAUAGCGUUGCUAAGGGGCGUCACACCCGCUUCGUCAACAUGAAGGACACCUUUGGCUAUGACGUCUGGGCCGACGAGGCGAAAUAA